UGUAUUUCUAAUCAUAGUUUGUUGCAUAUAUGUUUCAAUUCCUAUUACUCGAAUGCUUAAGUUUGUUAAUAGUGCUUGAUUUUGUAUAUGAAUGUUUAAUUGCAAGAGCACCAACUAAAACAUGAACAAUAGUAUUGUUGUUUGAAUCCAUAUUGGUGCAAUCUACCAUGGAGGCUAUUUAGGGUAGAAUUUCAUGUAGUUGUAGCUGGUUAAGUGAUUGAGGGUUUAUUGGAAUUUCAAUUCUAGGUUUCGCCAAAAAUAGAAAAUUUGCAUGUAGAUUUUCACAUUUGGGGUUGUGAUGGUUUGAGAUUGAGAAAUCUAUUUCAUCCAUAUUGUAAUGUUAGUUUGUUGCAUCUUUGUUCAAUUCUUAUUACCUGAAUGCAUAAGUUAGUUAAUAGUGCCUGAUUUGGUCUAUGAAUGUUCAAUUGCAAGGAUAAAACUAAGAAAAACUACUAAAACAUAAGUAUUAGUAUUAUUGUUGUGAGUUCAUAUAGGUGCAAUCUUCCGUGGAUGCUAUUUAGGGAAGAAUCUCAUUUAGAAGUAGUUGAUUAAAUGAUUGACACUUAAUUGGAAUUUCAAUUCAAGGUCUUGCCGAAAAUGGAAAUUUUUCCUAUAGAUAUUCGGGGUUGUGAUGCUUAGAGAUUGAGAAACCCAUUUCAUUUCUUCCGUUCUCUAAUAGUGUUGUCAAAUAUCAGCCAUGUCGGUGGUGGGUUUUAGGCUCUCUGCCAUGGUCAAAUAUGUGAAGGAUGGUGGUGCCAUAUGGCAGACGUUAUUGCGGAAUUUCGGAUCUCCACCAUGGACCGCAAUAAUAAAAUUAAACUAUUGAACUUUAGAGUGUAUGUAGAAUUAUAUUUUCGAUAUAUAAGACAGCUUUUUCAUUGGCCUCGUCUGUUUAGUUAGAAAUUCGCUAAGAAAACCAAAAGUAAGUCCCAAUGUGGUUUUGCCAAUUGUUACAUUUGGCAGUUACAUUCAAAUUCAAAUGUAUAAAUCUAGUAUUUAUCUUGAUAAGGAAAAUAAUCGUGGCCGUGAAAAUGAAAUGAACUCGUCAAAUGACAAUUGAUUUUUUAAUAUGAGACUGCAAAUUGUCAACUAUGAAAAGGAAUUGAGAAGAAACGCUUCAGUUUCGUCAAUUUAGGCUUUGUCGAGUUUAUUUUAUUUUCAGUACCGAGUAUAUAAACUCUUUUAUGAUCAGAAAAUGAGCCUCGUUUCAGAACGGCCACUUUCUAGGGUUACCCCUUUCUCUCCUUUUCUUCUGGUGUUUUGCCGUCAGUGAAAUCACCCAAUUGAAUCUAGAAAUUCUCCUUCGAAAUCUUUUGAUUGCGAAAUUUCAAACUAUUUUCCAAUUUUAAAUCUGCAAGAAAGGAAUGGUGAGCUCUCUUUCAACCAGAAAAAUGAAUGAGGAUGAGCAAAAGGUUCAAAGUGAAGUUCACCAGCCAAGGUGGCUUGACGAUUUUUUGGAGAAAAAGUUCUUUGAACCGUGUUCUUCUCAUUUGAAUCGAAGGAAUAUGUUGAAUAUUUACUGUAUAAACUGCAAAGUAUCUGCUUGUAAGUAUUGUCUGUCCGCAGGGCAUCAUCAAAAUCAUCAGAUACUUCAAGUUUUCAGAAAUGUUUACAAGGAUGUUGUCUGCCUUGCUGCUCUGGAAACUUAUAUUGACUGCUCAAAAAUCCAGCCGUUCAAAUGCAACAAAAGGCUGGUUUUGAAUUGUCUUCCACUCUGUGGAUCAACAUCUGAUGACGCGGCAUCAUGCAACAUCAGCAGAAAGUCGAAAGAAGCCCAGUCGUAUCAGUACUGCUCCAUUGCUUGCAUGGUAAAAUCUGUUUCAAGAAAAUCUGAUGAUUCAGUUCCUUCCAUCAGUUCCAUCCAAGCUCCGUCUCAUGAAUCACGGGUGGAAAUUUCUGAGCCUUCCAAGCGAAAAAGGAAACGGAAAGGAACACCUCACAGAGCUCCAUUAUUCUAGGAGCCUUAAGUGGGUCACCAAUCCUUUGAUAAUUUCAGUUAUAAACUUAAAGAAGAUACUUAAUAAAGUUCAUAUAGAUGGUGAAUCUAUUAGUCAUGAUAUUUUGAAGAUUAGAAAUAUUUUGGAUUGUGAUUUUAUUUUAUGGCUUGAACUUCCUUAUUAUCUCCUGGUACUAUGGGCCUAUGGACCUGUCUGGAUGGGCUUAUUUGAACUUAUCUACUGCAUAAGUUGUGUCACUGUUUGGGAGAUUUAAUCAAAACAGCUUAUGAUAUUUUUCAUAAUUUUUUCCGAA